AUGCUGCUCCGCCUUGGCCCCUUGCCCACCCUGGUCGUCUCGUCUGCAAACGUGGCGCGCGAGGUGCUGCAGCUGCAGGACCACGCAUUCGCCAACCGGCCCGCGCUCGCCAUCCCGCGGCGGCUCCUCUACGGCUGCACAGACAUCGCCUUCGCUCCCCACGGCGCCUACUGGCAUGGUGUGUGCAAGAUCGUCGUGCCCCACCUGCUGAUCCCCGCCAGGGUGCGCGCCUACCGCGGCGUGCGCGAGGAGGUGGUCGAGCUUGUCCGGAAGGUGGAGCAGCAGGCACAUGAAGGCGACGUCGUGGUGUGGUCGAGCGAGCUCCUAAGCGGCUUCUCCAAGGACGUGAAUGGGAAAAUCAUGCUCGGGUGUUUGAAAAAGAUGCCAUCAUUUAAUAUUUGA